CGCGAGGCUGAGCCGGAGCCAGCGCUGAGUCUUAGCGCGUCGUGUGUGCGCCCCGCUCUCUUCUCUUGCUUAUCGCCUGGGCUCAAAGCGAACAAUACAGAGUAAAGAAAAUGGCUAAAGGUGACCCGAAAAAGCCGAAGGGCAAAAUGUCAGCCUAUGCUUUCUUCGUGCAGACUUGCCGUGAAGAGCACAAGAAGAAGAACCCUGAAGUUCCUGUCAACUUUGCAGAGUUCUCCAAGAAGUGCUCAGAGAGGUGGAAGACCAUGUCAAGCAAAGAGAAGGGUAAAUUUGAUGAGAUGGCUAAAGCUGACAAAGUACGAUAUGAUAGAGAAAUGAAGGAUUAUGGGCCAGCUAAGGGUGGUAAGAAGAAAAAGGAUCCCAAUGCCCCUAAGAGGCCACCGUCUGGGUUCUUCUUGUUCUGUUCAGAGUUCCGUCCCAAGAUCAAAUCUACCAACCCUGGUAUCUCCAUUGGAGAUGUGGCAAAGAAACUUGGUGAAAUGUGGAACAACCUCAGUGAUGGCGAGAAACAGCCCUAUAAUAACAAGGCUGCUAAACUGAAGGAGAAGUAUGAAAAGGAUGUUGCAGAUUACAAAUCAAAAGGCAAGUUCGAUGGCGCCAAGAGCGCGGCUGCCAAAGCUGCUGCUGCGGCUCGGAAAAAGGUAGAAGAGGAAGAGGAGGAUGAAGAAGACGAUGAGGAGGAGGAAGACGAAGAGGAGGACGAUGAAUGAGAAACUGUAUAAUACUUGUCUCCAUGUGAAUAUCAUAGAGUAGGGGAAACACCAUUUGGAAAAGGAAAACAAAACAAACCUGCACCUCGUUAUUUGAGACGGUGUUUUAUUUACCCGUUAUUUGGUUUAAUGACCCAAUUUGGAUUCUGAUCACACCGUACCUUCUUUGAAAAUUUAAAGUUCUCUAGGAAAAUAGAGGGAGAGAAAAAAAAAACCAUCGAACUGGUUUACAUGAAAUGACCCUGGGUGUACCCGGGCACCCUGAAACUGUAACAAAGUUGUACAUAUUUCCAAACAUUUUUAAAACAAAAAAAAAGUGGAAGCAAAUGCGCUCCAGUGUUCUCCUCAACUCUGUGCACUUUCCUGUUGGUGUAACAAAGCAUUUAAAAAUGUUUCAAGCAUCUUAUUUUUUAAUUUGUAAGGUGGUGUUUAACUAUAUGGUUAUUGGCUAGAAAAUCUUGGGUUAUACUGUACAUAUCUAUAGUUUGUAAAAACUAGACAGAUUCUUGCAGUCCAUGCUUGGAGCGGGGAUGCCCUGGAAGGGAAGGUGAGCCACUUGGGCCAGGCCUUCCUGCCGGGGGGGUCAUGUCUCAAAGCGUGCACUGUGAAAGUAGAUCUAUUAACACUACAGUGGGCGUCCAUUUAGCUUAAAGUUGUCUUUCUGUAUAUAGUGAAAUUAGCAUUCUGCGGCCAUUCUUAGUUGUGAAAAGGGGAGGAGGGCGGGGUUCAGCUGGCAUGAGAAAUCGUAUGGAAUCUUUCCUUUUUUUGUUUUCUUUUUAGUUAAGAGGGGUAGUUUUUAAACGGAAGCUGUAGACCUCUUCCGGGUCAGCCUAAAAGUGAAGAGAAGGCGCAGAAACUGAAGUUCAAAAACACUCUGUACUUAAAAGAGAAACAAAAAUUUGCAAAAAAUGUUCUGUUGGUUUUUUGUAUGUUUAGAAUGCUGAAAUGUUUUUGAAGCAAAAUAAACAGUAUUACAUUUUUAAAACUU